UUACCAGUCCAUGAUAGAUACUAGUAGAAUAUAGCUGACACAAGUUAUAGAGAGAGAGAGAGAGAGAGAGAGAGAGAGAGAGAGAGAAUCAGUUGCAGAAAUGAACGUCUAGCCAUUUGAUCAUCCCGAAUCGAACGAGGAGAGCUUUCAGGAGUGAGAGGAACCAGAUCAAGCCCGUCCGAUCGAAAAAAAGGAUGACUCUUAAGACCUCCAAUUUCCUCCCCUUUUUCGAGCCCAAGAGGGAUGCCUAUGGAUUUACUGUGAGACCUCAACACCUUCAAAGAUACAGAGAGUACACUGAUAUCUAUAAGGAAGAGGAAGAAGAAAGAUCAGAAAAGUGGAAGAGGUUCUUUGACCACCAAGCAGAGUCUUACCCACCUGAGGAAACUAACAACAGACUGCAUACUGAAGUUACUGGGCAGGAAACAGAGGAGGGAAGUAACAACAGAUUGCAUGCUGAAGUUACAGAGCAGAAAGCAGAGACUGUGCCACAAUUGGAUGGGGAAGGGGAUGAUUCAAGUGAAGGGAAGUCAGCUCGUGAUACUAAAGGGCAAAGGGAUCCUGAGGAGUUACAGGUACCCAUACAAACAAAACCGCUUAAGGUGCAAACAUGGGCCCAGAUAAGAUCAUCGCUUCAUGCCAUUGAGAAUAUGAUGAGUGCUCGUAUCAAGAAGAGAAAGGACAUGAAAGAAGAGCAAAAGACCACUGCUGAAAAUCAUCUUCCACCAAUUGAAGAGGCAAAAACUUCAAGAGGGGAAUCUGAAGAGGACAUUGAAGAAGAGUUUUAUGACAAUGAGAUAGUAGAUGAGACUAGGAAUGCUCCUGCAGAUGAAAAUGAUGGUAGUGAUAGGGCCUCUCGAGAACCUUUCUUCCCUUGGAAAGAAGAACUGGAGUUCCUUGUUCAUGGGGGAGUACCACGGGACCUGAGAGGAGAGAUAUGGCAAGCAUUUGUUGGUGCAAGGGCACGACGGGUGGAGAGAUAUUACCAGAAUUUGCUAGCUCCAGAUAGUGAAACAAGUGACUCCCAGGAGCAGGAUAAAUCUGGCGGUGGUAGCAAAGGGCUCAAUGGGGACAGAGUUGGUGUACCUGAAAAAUGGAGAAGGCAGAUUGAGAAGGAUCUGCCCCGAACUUUCCCAGGUCAUCCUGCACUAGAUGAAAAUGGUAGGAGUUCCUUAAGACGUGUACUUUUAGCAUAUGCUCGACAUAACCCGUCCGUUGGGUAUUGUCAGGCAAUGAACUUCUUUGCGGGCAUAUUACUACUUAUGAUGCCUGAAGAAAAUGCUUUUUGGACUUUGGUUGGUAUUAUUGAUGACUACUUUGACGGCUACUACUCAGAGGAAAUGAUAGAAUCUCAGGUGGACCAACUUGUUUUUGAGGAAUUGAUACGUGAAAGAUUUCCUAAACUAGUCAAUCAUCUGGAUUACUUGGGAGUGCAGGUUGCAUGGGUUUCUGGACCUUGGUUCCUUUCCAUCUUUGUGAACAUGCUUCCAUGGGAAAGUGUUCUCCGAAUUUGGGAUGUGCUUCUAUUUGAAGGAAAUCGAGUUAUGCUUUUUCGAACGGCACUUGCCUUAAUGGAGUUAUAUGGUCCGGCUGUAGUUACUACUAAGGAUGCUGGGGAUGCCAUUACUUUACUACAAUCCCUAGCUGGUUCAACAUUUGAUAGCAGCCAGCUUGUUUUGACUGCUUGCAUGGGUUUUGUGGCUGUAACUGAAGGUAGAUUGCAAGAGCUAAGAGAAAAGCAUCGACCAGCUGUACUAGAAGCAAUUGAGGAAAGAUCAAAAGGGCAAGUGUCAAGGAAUUCCAAAGGCCUUGCGACGAAACUAUUUAGUUUCAAGCAUGAUCCUGGAACACCGACAAAGGAAACAAAUUCAAAAGCGGAGUCAGGUGAUAAGUUAAUGGACGGGAGUAUUUCUCAUCUGGAGUGUCAUUCAGCUAAGCUGGAUGACUUUCUCAGUGGUGCAACCAUUGAAUCAGAAGUAGAUUCUCUUCCUGAUCUUGAAGAACAGGUGGUUUGGUUGAAGGUUGAGUUGUGCAAGUUGUUGGAGGAGAAGAGAUCUGCUACACUAAGAGCUGAGGAGCUUGAGACAGCACUAAUGGAGAUGGUCAAGCAAGAUAAUCGACGAGAAUUGAGUGCUCGGGUUGAGCAGUUGGAGCAAGAGGUUGCUGAACUACGGCAAGCCCUUUCUGACAAGAAAGAACAGGAAAAAGCAAUGCUUCAGGUCCUGAUGCGGGUUGAGCAAGAACAGAAGUUAACUGAAGAUGCUCGCUUCUUUGCUGAGCAAGAUUCAGCUGCUCAGAGAUAUGUAGUGCAAAUGCUUCAGGAAAAAUGUGAAAAGGCUGUGGCUUCGCUUGCUCAAAUGGAGAAGAGGGCAGUAAUGGCAGAAACCAUGUUGGAGGCUACAGUGCAAUAUGAGCACGGCCAAGUUAAAGCAGUAUCUUCCCCACGGUCUAUGCGUCCAGAUUCUCAAGAAGUACCGGCUAGAAAGAUGGGUCUACUCUCGUUUGGACUGGGCUGGCGUGACAGGAACAAGGGAAAACCAGCUAACGUAGAGGAGCCCAGUCAAAGCAAAUCUACCAGUGAGGGACACAUUCUGAGCACGUCGGUCGAAAUGAAUGGCCACCAAGAGCAGGAAAAAUAAUGGGAACCCGCACUCUUUUACAGGCGAGUAGAAUUUUUUGAAGAUGGACAUUGUUGUUUCAAGUACUGGGCUCCUUACUCCUUGUACAUGUUCUGGUAAAUAGCUGCCUAGUUUUCUUUUCGAAUCCGUACCCUUCAUAUUUCGGGUACAUCGACCUUUUUUCCCCUCCAUACUCCCUCGUGUAAAACAUGUAAUCUAUUCGUUGUAAUUUGUUCAUUUAAUUAUUUUAGCUAGUUGAUACACAAAAGAGGGCAUUUUUUUCCCCCUCUAUUACUUUUCAAGUCUAAAUAAGAUUUAUUGUUGUGCACCAA